CGCCAGCGAGUCACUGCGUCUCCGUGGACCGUCGAGUAGGCGGGUAAACUCCCGUGCCGCGCUAUCAUCAGGAUAACGUCUCCUCCCUGCCGAGGCGCUCCGUCCUCUCCUCUUUCCCGGCCACCGGCGACGACAGGGCGGCCAUGGCGGCGGCGCUGCUCUCCCCGGCUUCCCCCCUCCCUCGCUCCUCCUCCUCCGCGCUCCACCCCAGGAGCAAGGGCGCGGCGGGUGGUGCAGCAGGGUGCGCUCCGCCGUCCAGGAGGAGGGCCGUCUCGUGCUCGUGCGCGCCAGAUUCGUGGAGCCGCGGGCUGGAGAGGAGGCAGCUCGUGCUCUCCGGCCUCGCCUCCUCCUUCGCAAUCGUCCUACCGAUUUCAGUAGAAUCGUGCGCUGCUGCUGCUGCUGCUGCUACCGAGCUGGAGGACGGCGGCGUGAAGAUGGCCAUGCUGGUAGACGAGACCAACGCCUACUCUUUUCUCUACCCGGUUCAGCUGCCAGGGAAGAAAACCUCCUUCAGAUGGGUAGAGUCCAGGAAAUCGGAGCGGUAUUCGUCCGCGGCGCCACUAUCUCCUGAUGCACGGCAACGCAUCGUAUCGGAGCGCCUCGACAUGAUAAACAAUGCCGUCAUCUCGGUCUCGAUCGGGCCACCAAGUUCACGCUUUCUACCUUCGAAAGACAAGACCACUUGGGCUGCAAAAGAUGUCGCUGAUUGCGUUUUGUCUGACAAAUCUUCCUUGAAGGUAACAGCAAGCCAGCGAAAGGCAGAGAGUUCUGUCCUUGAUGCACACACUGCAGAUGUUGAUGGAGAGCCAUACUGGUAUUACGAAUAUAUUGUUCGGAAAUCACCAACAAAAUCGGCACCAGAACCAAAUCUGUUUCGGCACAGUGUAGCAUGUACUGCUGAGCGAGACGGCUUUUUGUACUCGUUAAAUGCCUCCACUCUCAGCAAGCAGUGGGAAUCUAUGGGACCUUUGCUACAAAAGGCCGUGGCAUCCUUUCACCUCCUCCCCCCAACAGAGAAAUAUGUUCCUCCUUACCAGGAUCCGUGGAGGUUUUGGUGAUGUGACCUUGUUCGUGCAUUUUUGGCGAUCUAAUGACUUAAUGUUUUACACCAUGUUUCUUGUAAUAGAUGCUUCGGUAGCACUUUCAGGUCUACGGAAGUAAGAAACGAAAUCUAGAUACUUUAGUUUUUUUGCCAAUCUACUACAAGUUGAUUGUUUUUAGUAUUAAGUGUCAAACGUACCCGAUUGAAAUAAUCAAUGCAACAACCAAUGUUAGUUUUUA